AUGGCGGUGGGGGGGGCAGGGGAAGGACUGGACACGGACGAACCGACUGGCAGAAGGGAUGACACCCCACUGCAGGGCACAGCGACUACCACCGCGGCCGCAAGAGAAGUAGGAGGAGGAGGAGGAGGUGUGGCAAUGGGAGUGGUGCUCCCGCGGCUCAGUGAUGCCGCUGUCUCUGCCUUCAAUCUGGCUUUCUUGGCAGCCACAGAGGCCGCUGCCACACCAUGA